AUGAACCCGGAGAGUUGGCGAAAUUCACAAAAUCCAGAAAGCUGGCGAGGCCAUCCGCCACCGGAUGGCACAUGGAGGGGACCAAAUGAUGGCCCAAAACCUCCAACAGACCACGAAUUAAGAACAUCGAUCGAAAAAACCGCGCAGAGUUGCGCUCGAAAUGGUCCGCAAUUUGAAAACAUGAUGAGGGAAACGCAGAGGAAUAAUCCAAAAUUCGCGUUUCUUUUUGGCGGUCCCGGUGCGGAUUAUUAUCAAUAUCAGCUGAAUAUGGCAAUUUGUCAAAUUCAAGCUCAAGUUCCACCACCAUCAUUCACCACGCCACCUCCACCAACUCUUGUGCCACCGGGACCAUCAAAUCUUCGCAAGAAUCUGCCUUCUCUCAUGGACACUCCGGAGAUCACGAAACUAAAAGCCGAAAUCGAGGAAUUUCGCGCCAAAAUCGCUGAUAGCGAAAACAAUUUAAAGGCGCAUAAAGAAAGUCUCGAAGGGAUUAUAAUGAACCAUUUGAAGAGCUCGAUUCGAACUGCCGAGCAGCAGAAAAUCGCGCAGCUUCUUCAUGCCCAAAAUCUUGACACAUCUGAAUUUUCGGCGCAAAUUGAGAAUAUGAACAAUUCGAAAUGCUCAAAAGACACGAUUACGCAAGCCAAAAAAUGGAUCUUCGAGCAUUGUUGCACCGAUCAGUUGCGCGAGAUCAUUCUAAUGUACUUGCUAGACCGGGUGAAGGACGUGAACGCUUCCGAAUUCCUACGUCUUCACGUCUUGUAUUUAAUUAAUGAUUGGGCGUUUCAUUGCCAAAGGAAGCAUGAGGAUAAUCAAAUGAAAAUGCUUACGAGAUAUGUGCCAAAACUCUACGCCUAUUGUAUGGAAUAUGCGACAUCGGCGGAAUUGCGAGAGAAACUGGAGGGGAAAUUGGCCGGCGAAUGGGAAGGACGAGGUUAUUUCAAUGAUUCGGUGUUCAAGCAAAUUCGAAACCCGUCUAGUAUUGUGAAGCAGGAUCAGGACGCCGAGAUUUGCUCGUAUAAAACGACGGCUGAAUCGAUUCGAUCGUCGUUGAUGGCGACGUAUGAAGGCUACGAGCAACAGCACAAUUCAUUCUCCCAGCAUUGCCAAGCGAAAAUUGAUGAAUUGAAUAGACAGAUUAACGAGCAUCGACACGGCCCUUCGCCGCAUUCGGACGCGUUCUUUCAGAGUUCUAGGCGUUCGCGAUUCGAUCAGACACCUCAAGAACGGAAAAUUAAUGAUUCGAGAAUGCCGACGACAAGCACGGGUGGAUGGACUGAAGUUUCUGAGGAAAUGACAUCAAAAUUUGGUGCGGAUGGUGAUGAUAUUGACGGAAUGCCAUUUGAUGAGAACGCGUUGAAACCCAACAAAUCGUAUUUGGCAUUGCCCGCCGGCAUAAUGGUUCCUUUGGUGAAUAUUACCGAUUUUACGUACGAGCCGAUUGAUCCGGAGAAGCUUGAGAUGCCGCCGAUGAUUCCGCCGUCGCAACGUCUCCUCGCGGCGCGUGAAGCGUUUUAUAAAGGACUCAAUUUGGACACGAUUGUUAAAAAUGAAGAGCCAUUUGAUGAUUGGGGAAUUGCCAAUUAUCCUAGUGAGUUUUUGGAGAAGAAACGAGAAUUGAAGAAGAAGGUCUUGGAACGAUUAAAGAGUCUGGAAGAUGUCAUCAAGAAUCGACCGAAUUCUGAUGAGCGACGAAUUUUGGAAGCUGAGGAAAAACGGAAAUAUAACGAGAUGAUUGAUGGAAUCAAACAGAAAGUUGAAGAUUACUAUGCUGAGCAGCCGACCGAGCCCGAGGAGACGAAGAAGGCGAGGUCGAGCGCGACGCCAUCUUUGGGUUUUCGUUCAUCAUCAACACCGUUGUCGAAUGACAACAAAGGGGCACAAUUGAUGGCGAAAAUGGGAUGGAAUGGAAAAGGAUUGGGUGUUAACGAAUCGGGAAUUGUCGAUCCGAUCAAUGGGGGCGAGAUUCGCGUCAAAGUUGAUCAAUUCCGAGGCCUCGGCAGCAGUUUGGAUCCAUAUGAGCAAUUCCGACGGCAAAGAUCCGAUCAGGCAGGCAAAUUUGAUUGGAGGAAACAAUUUAUCGGAUGUCCCAAGGAUGCCUAUUUUGAGCGAGGAACUUCAGGGACGGAUAAGGUGAUUUUCACUACCGAGGAGGAUAUUCUCGCGGGAGUCUCAUUGAAUACGGGAGAAAUUGCAUGGCGACGGGUUUUUGAGAAGAAGCCGACAAUCAAUUCGAACUCGAUGAGCUCGACGUCGAAUGAAAAAAUAAUCUAUACGAUGAGCAACGGCGGUCAAAUUGUGCGAUCGUGGAGAAAAUCGAACGGAGUGCUCCGAUGGCAGAUGCCGUUGGGCUCAUUCGACGCGAAAAUCGCCGACAUUGUGUGGUUUGAGAAAUUUGUCGCUGCAACCACCGAGCACAAAAUCGCGAUUUUCAAUGAAUCGGAGAAGAAUGAGCAGAAAAAGCUGAUUUUGGAGCAUGUCCUGCCUUUUAAGACAAAUUUCGCGAAAUUCGUCAAAUCUGCUGAUGGACGACUUCUUCAUGUUUCCGCUGUCGCUGACUCGUCCACGUUCCAUAUUCGGCAUAUCGAUGUUAAUGAGAAAACUGUGACUCUGCUCAAAUCGAUCGAUAUGCCGCAGGUCAACGUCGAGAAGUGCUCGAGAACCGGCGAUCUGAUUACGUGUUAUCACAGCGAUUCGCUCAUGAUUGUCAAUCCGGCGAAUUCGAAAGCGAUUCAGAAGUCGACGGGUGUCGCGAUACGCGAUGUGCAAGGCCAUCUUCCGAUAAUUGUGGUGCGCGGAUCGGCGUCGAUCAAUAUUUUCUCGCUGAAAACGGGAAAUUUGGAAUCGGUCGGUGAAAUUAGCGGAAUUUUCAACGUGAUGAACUCGGUCUCCGACGCCAACUAUCUUGUCGCCGCGUCGAAAUCGAAAUUGAUUUUUAUCUCAUUGACGGAUGGUAAAUUGGUCUAUGAGAUUCCACUUGGCGAGGACGCUCAUCGCGUCGCACCGCGUACGGUAUUCGCCUCGUCUGUCGGCAAAAGCUCGAACGAAUUCGAAGUGGUGCUUGUCGGCGAUGAUUGUCGCAUCGAAAUGUUGGUGACGAAUGGGAAGAAGAAGCACGCGGUUGGAGAAUGGACGAGAGAUGAGUCGCUGAUUCGCGUUUCGUCGGUUGAGAUGGUCGAUUUGCCGUUGUCGGAAAGCCAACAAUUGAUUGAGGACGAAUUUGAAGGGGAUAAUCAAAUGGCUCUAACUGCCUUCCUCCGACGUAUCAUGGUUCAAUUUGGACAGGUCCGCCGUUGGGCGAUCCGAACGAUCGAGCAGGUGUUCUCCUUGGGAUCGGUGCUUUCCACGAGAGCGAAUGGAUUGUCGGAUCUUAUCAACGCAGUGCGGUCGAACUCGCCGAGCACCACAUCAUCCGAAGGGCCGUUUGAACGCGACUACUUCAAUCUACGCAAAUUGAUUGUGUUGACGACACUCGAUGGCGUCGUGUUUGGAAUUGAUAGCGCGAAUGGGAACAUUCUGUGGCGAAUGCACCUUGGCGACGCUUUUGCGCCGCUUCGAAGCAGUCUUGGCGAGCUUCAUGUUCCGCUGUUUGUGCAACGCACCACAGCGCAUUAUCAGCUCGAUGGACAAGCGGCGGUUGUGUUCAAAAACGCGGCGACUUCGAAUGGAAUUAUUGUUGCGUUCAAUCCGAUGAAUGGAAAAAUUGUGGAACGCAAGGAAUUGGCGUACGCGAUCAAAAAGGUUUCCCUUCUUCCUUUCGUUGAUUCUUCUCAUAUUCACUCGGUUUUGACGAUUAGCAACCAGAAUCAGAUUUCCUACUAUCCAGAAGUUUCGCGUGAGAUUCUCAACAAGGCACUUCCAUUGCAUAUUUUGGACGCGACGAAUGAUGGACGAUCAUUCGUCGGCUAUCAAGUUGAUUUUGAGAAACGCGCGCUUGUGCAGAAAUGGUCUGGAAAUUUGGGACUGUCCCCGAAUGAUCAAAUUGUUACCAUUAAAGGCAAACCGUUUAAUCAGAGGGUGCACUCGCAAGGCCGCGUUCUCGUUGAUCGCGAUGUUCAAUUCAAAUACAUCAAUCCAAAUUUGGCGGCAAUUGCCGCAUUGGACCCGACUACACAAAUAUUGACGAUUAUUUUGGUCGAUGUUGUGACGGGACAAAUUGUGCAUUCGGCGAACGCGAAUAAAGCGACGGGACCCAUUCGAAUGGUUCAUUCUGAGCACUGGAUUGCGUUUUCGCAUUGGUCUGAGAAACAUCGAAGAACCGAACUUGGAAUUAUUGAGCUUUACGAAGCGUCGAAUCAGCAAUCAAUGAAAGAAGCGUUCGAUUCGAAAUUGCCGACGAAGAAGCCGCCGGUUGUGAUUGCGAACAGCUACAUCUACUCGCAGGAGAUUGACGCGAUGUCGGUGUCGGAAACCGAGCAGGGUCUCACGACGAAAUCGAUACUGAUCGCGUUGCCAUCUGGCAGCAUUCACGAGGUGUCGCGAAAGUUGCUGGAUGCGACGCGGCCGCUCGAAUUGACGGCGGCGAUGCGCGAGGAGAUGAUGAUCGGCUAUGUGCCGGAAUUGGCGAUCGCCACCGAGGAGAUGAUCAAUUAUAAUCAGACGGUGCAUCGAGUGCGCGCUAUCAAAACUGCGCCUUCUGGACUCGAAUCGACUAGUCUUGUUCUUGCUUAUGGCACGGAUAUCUUCUUCACGAGACUCACGCCGUCGGGAACGUUUGAUAUUCUGAAGGACGACUUUGAUCAUUUGCUGAUAUCCACCGUACUCGCUGCCUUAAUAAUUGGAUCGUAUAUCUCGAAGCGAUUGGCGAGAUCACACGCAUUAACAGCACAAUGGGCAACAGUCGACGAGAAACCGGAUCAAUCCCAAGCCGAACUAUCGCAUUCGGCAACUGAAGGUGAACAGCAAAAGCCCGACGGUGCGACAGUUUCGGAGAGAAAAGCGACUUCCGAAAAGGAAUCGAAGACUGACAGAGAAGCAGCACCAAAGAUGGCUGACGGCGCCAACAAACCCAAGAACUCUGAAGAGGAAAUACUACUCAAAGAGCAAGCCGAGUUUGAGCAAAAAUUGCGCGAUGAGAGGGAAGCUGCCAAGGCUCUAAAUCCGCAAUUGAACAUUCAUGUACCUGAUGUGAGUUGA